AUACGCAUUGACAAUUCUAUUGUACAUAUGACAAUUCGUGACAUAUGUGAUUUUGGCGGGUUCUUAACAAAAUUUGUUUAUCGGGUAAUUUACAGUCGUUCAUUGUUAUUCGUGAAGUUAAUAGGAACGGUACUCUCGUACGUGUUUUAAAGUGUAUAGAAAGUAUGAAACGAAGAAUCUCUCCAGUCAUUAAACCUCCCAGUAAGAUUUUGGAAUUAGACGCAAAAUGUGUUCGGCCAACUGAAGCCGGCAUUGCCCUACCGGUCUCGAAUGAAUUAAACAAUAAUGCAACUAAUGCUGAAUUAACGAUGGAGUGGGAUGACGAAUGGCCUGAUGUAGAGUUCGAUGUAAAAGAAAAGCAUUUCACCUUGGACUUGUCAACAUGGAAAAGGUGCGUAGUGUUAAACGUUGAGGAAUUAAGAAAUACGCAUGUUAAAGUAACUUUAGAAGAUAAACGAUGUAAAGACAAAGCUAUAUGCCAUCUUUUACCGCCAUGGAACAUGAUUGAAGGCAUCGCACCAGGGCUAACAAUAUCUGUGUUAGCUACCAAAGAACAUGAAACUUCCGAACACUUUGUAGUAAAUUCUGACAGCGGUUUCUUUGUCAUGGAUUCGGAUAUACUAAUAUCCGGUACCACAGUGGUGAGCUCACUGUUUUGCCAACGCCGUGGGGUUUUACAGGAAUUGUUCCGCAUAUCCGAGUUAGAGAAUACACAGAUGAUUAUUGGCACGUUAGUACAUUGUAUCUUUCAACGGUGUUUAUUAAACAAAUCCUGCCAAUCACUAAAAGAAAUACAAACAAUUGCUGAAUCUGUUAUGAAAUCCCGAAAAAUUAUUUCCUCACUGCAUGCUGCGAAGAUGAGCAUCCAAGAAGCGUUUUGCUUAAUAGAACCAUAUCUUGAGGAAAUACACAUUUUUAUAAAGAAACAUCUUCACCUCCUACCAAUAGAUAAACAAUUGUCGUGCGAAAAUUAUCGUGAUUCUGAUAAAAUUUCGAUAUGCGAGAUAAAUGACAUUGAAGAAAACAUCUGGUGCCAUCAACUAGGAAUAAAGGGCAGGAUUGAUGCAACGGUUUCCGUAGUUCGUGAUAAUGCUACUAAACGUGAAAUAAUGCCAUUGGAAUUGAAAACGGGUCGAGCAACGUAUUCUUUCGAACACCUCGGACAGUUGGCGUUAUACGAAAUGAUGAUGGAACUUGUUGGUCACGACGUUACUGCCGGCCUGCUGGUUUACUUGCGGGAUGGAAAAUGUAGCCGUGUAGCAUCAAACCGCAACAUGAAGCGGGAUUUGAUUAUGUUACGAAAUGAAGUUACCCGAUUUUUUAGUACGUGGAUGAUUCCAUAUGAUAUAGAUAACACGAACUGUGUCGAAGCAAUGCCGCUGAAACCUACACUGCCAGCACCUAUCAAUAAUGUACGAGCAUGUGCGAAAUGUCCAUACAGCACGGUUUGCGUCGCUUUAUCUAAACGAGAACAUGAAUCUCGCACCAAUGCUACAAAACAUGAAUUUUCGUUGAUUGCAGACACAGCGUGCGAGCAUCUAAGAAACAGUGACAUUGAUUACUUCAUUCGGUGGACUGGAUUGAUCUAUCUGGAGAUAAAAGAAUCAUCUCAGUCCCACUCUGCACGAAAUAUUUGGAAUUUAACGCCCAAGGAACGAUCAGAAAAUGGUUGGUGUAUUGCUGGGCUUACUCUCUGUACACCGGUGCAUGCUAUAGAUGACUUAUACUUUCACACGUUUACAUUGAAUGAACAACCUUCAAAUGGUUUUGACCCUGUUGCGGAAAAAAAUAAAAAAGUGGCUCAAAACAUUGAUACUUUUCAAGCAGGCGAGUAUGUUAUAUGCAGCACUAAUAAACGGGUUGCCGUUGCAUCUGGGCACGUUAUCAGUCAUGCUGGUAAUGAACUAGUUGUAUCCUUUGAACGUGACUUGUCGGCUAACUAUAGUGGGGAACAAUUCAUUCUCGAUCAGAACGUAUCUUUCAAAUCAUCAGGAUUCGAUUUAUCGAAUUUAGCUAAUCUCCUCAGCAACGAUGAGGCAGUGGCACGAUAUCGCAGGAUUAUUAUCGAUCGUGAAAUGCCGACUUUCUCAGAUGGAAUACUUUGCAAGUCGAUGAUUCCCACAGCCAAAGAAAUUCUAAAAAAAUUGAAUCGCCACCAAAAACAGGCAGCACUGAAAGCGGCUGCUACCGAGUCCUACUGUUUGUUAAAGGGUUUGCCUGGUACUGGGAAAACUCAGACUAUUGUUGGUCUGAUUCGGUUGUUAUCACUCCUUGGCCAAUCUGUUCUACUGACUAGCAACACGCAUUCUGCAGUUGACAAUAUAUUAAAAAGAUUACUACCUUUCCAAGAGCUAAGCUUCAUUCGACUAGGAGCAAUGGAUCGAAUCGACCCAUCUGUACGAUCAUUUGCAGAGUCAAAUCUAGCUGAGAACUGCACUAGCCCGGAAAAAUUGGCAGAGUUAUAUGGAAAGUUUCAAAUAGUCGCGGUAACAUGUAUGGGAACGGGUCAUCCAUUGAUCACUCAACGUGUAUUCGAUUAUUGCAUCGUAGAUGAAGCAACGCAAGUUUUUCAAGCUAGUAUCAUACGCCCUUUGCUGCGCUGUAAGAAAUUUCUGUUAGUAGGAGACCCAGAACAGCUUCCUCCUGUGGUUAAAUCUGCUACAGCACGGUCUCUUGGAGCUGCAGAAAGUCUGUUCCAUCGAUUGGAUCAGGAGGGUUCCUAUUGCAUACUUCCAACACAGUAUAGAAUGAAUCGCGUUUUAACGAAGUUAGCUAACGAUUUUACUUAUGACGGUAAACUGGUAUGUGGGAAUGACGUGGUAGCUAAUGCCACGCUCAAACUUCCCAAUCUGCAAACUGUUCGUAGGAUAUACGAAGUCGAAAGAUGGCUAAUGAAAGCGAUAUCAAACCAAAUGGACUUAUCGGCUGUCAUUGUGAAUACUGGUAAUACGUAUCAAUUAAAUACCAGCUAUCAGAAAUUGAACGAAACAACGUCCAAUAAUCGAUAUCGUGUUACGAAAAACUUUAUGAAAUGUACAAACAUUUCAGAAGCUGCACUGGUGGUAUACAUUUGCCAAGCAUUGCUUCAAGCUGGUGUUAAACGCGAAUCGAUUGGCAUAAUAGCACCUUUUCGUGCACAGGUGGAUUUAAUACGAAGCAAAAUACGGAAACUAGAUGGCAGAUAUAUGGCCAGCCAUGUUCAAGAUUUGCAGUUGCCCUCGAACGACGAUAUGAUAGGAAGUGAAAAAGAAGUUGUCGAAAACUAUGCAUCCUGCAUCGAGGUCAACACGGUGGACCAAUAUCAAGGAAAGGAUAAAAAGAUCAUAAUAUUUUCCUGUACAAAGACAACUGAACUUGCCACUGCGCCGGCGGCGCCUGAUUGUGAGGUCAGGACAGACAGCAGCACCUAUGAAAUUUUAAACGACAAACGGAGACUGACCGUGGCGAUCACUAGAGCACAAGAAAAAAUCAUUAUUAUUGGCGAUCGAGCAACACUUGAAUCGUAUACUACCUUUCGUAAGUUAUUUAAUGUGACAUGUAAAGCAAGCAACAUUCACGUUGUGGACAAAAAAGAUGGCUUUGAAUGGACCAAUGCGUUUGAAUUGCUUGCAACGUUGUCCGAAUGAAAGUUGCUUACUAUUUUUUUUUCUUCAAAUAUAUACAAUGUAAUACGAAUGA